AUGGCAAAACUGGUACUAUGUUCUGAUGAUGACUAUGCAUUAAAUGAUAUUUUUGCAUAUGAAAAAAGUUUAUUAGGUUCACGACCCAGUCUCAUUAGUUUGGGAAGAAUGCUUGGCGAUAUGGGUGAAUAUGAAAAAGCCAGAUCUGUUUUAAACCAAGCACUUAUCGAAUCAUUCAGCGAUGAUGAAGCGAACAGUUGUUACUUGAUGCUUGGAGCAGUGGCUCGGUUGCAAGGUGAUUACGAAACAUCGUUAAGCGAUUACUUAAAACACCUUGAGCUUCAGCUGAAAAUUGGCUCCCCUUAUGAUCCUCACACAGCACAAGCCUAUUCAGAAAUAGCGGAUCUAUAUUGGCGAAGAAAAGAAUUUGAUUUAUCGCUAGAGUAUGCACAAAAAGCACUUGAUAUUCUGCCAGUUCAUCACAAGCAUGGUGCGAACGUUUAUAGAACAAUGGGCAAUGUGCACAGAGAUAUAAACGCAUUAGAUGAAGCUUUAAGUUAUUACAAAAAAGCACUUACCAUACAAAAACGAACUUUACCAAAAGAUCACAAUCAUAUUGGUAGAACUUAUAAUCAAUUGGCUACUCUCUACGAACUCCAGCAUGAUUACAAAAUGGCACUACAAUGCUACAGCGAAGCACUUCGCAUUUUGAAGAAGACCCUACCACCCGCACAUGAAGAAAUAGUGACAGCCGAAAACCAUAUUCAAAACAUGAAGGCUGCGAUGAACUGACAUUAUAAUGCUGAAUCGAGGGAAGAAUCCAUCAAACGAUGAAUUAUAACACUCUUCGUUUGUUCUUGUGAAAUACGAUAAGUGAUGAUGGAAGGUGUGGGUGUGAGUAAAUUUUAGAUGUAGGUAUGGUUGAAUUGUAAGUGUAGGAGUGGGUGUGGGUGUGGAUGGAUGCGUGUAAUUGUCGAUACUCGUUAAGAGAAAACAUACACCCCACCCGAAUCACCCGCACUCACAUCCCCUCCACCCCGGUCGAGCCACACCCACACCCCAAAUCAGCAUAUUAGUUUUAAUAUAAUUGAACUCAAUGUUUGGUCGUUUGCCUUGGUUCAAUUCUAUUCAGUGUCAACAAAAUUGUUGUUCUCAUUUGUUAAAAGGUAAUGAGGGUGUUGAUGUGGGUGGGUGUGGGUGUGGGUGUGGGUGUGGGUGUGGGUGUUGGUGUGGGUGUGGGUGUGGGUGUGGGUGUGGGUGUGGGUGUGGGUGUGGG